UCCAGAAGUUUGUGUGUGUUUUUCCCAGUCAGCUUGGUGUGUGCUUGCCUCUCUCCUUUACCGUACACCUUUCUCGUUGCAGGGCUGAGCCAAGCAGCAUGACAGACCGAGCGCCUUUUGACACCAACCUGAUCACUGUGACCCGCUUCGUGCUGGAGGAGGGCAGAAAGGCGAAAGGCACCGGGGAAUUGAACCGGCUUCUCAACUCUCUCUGCACUGCUGUCAAGGCAAUUUCGUCGGCCGUCAGGAAAGCGGGCAUCGCCAACCUGUAUGGGCUUUCUGGAGGUAAUGUCAAUGUAACGGGAGAUGAGGUGAAGAAGCUUGAUGUACUUUCUAAUGAUAUGGUUAUAAACAUGUUAAAAUCCUCCUUCAGUACGUGUGUCCUUGUAUCUGAAGAAGAAAAAAAUGCCAUCAUUGUGGAUCCAGACAAACAGGGAAAGUAUAUUGUCUGCUUUGAUCCACUAGAUGGCUCUUCCAAUAUUGACUGUCUUGUUUCCAUAGGAACAAUUUUUGCUAUUUAUAAAAAGACCACUGAUGGCCAACCAAAUGAGAGUGAUGCUUUGCAGUCGGGUCGUAACAUCAUAGCAGCUGGUUAUGCACUGUAUGGCAGUGCCACAAUGCUGGUAUUGUCGGCAGGAAAUGGAGUGAACUGCUUCAUGCUGGAUCCAGCUAUUGGGGAAUUUAUUUUGGUGGACAAGAAUGUGACCAUGAAGAAGAAGGGAAAUAUUUACAGCAUCAAUGAAGGCUACGCAAAGUACUUUGAUCCUGUAGUUACAGAGUACAUAAAGAGAAAGAAAUUUCCACAGGAUGGUAGUGCUCCCUAUGGUGCAAGAUAUAUUGGGUCCAUGGUUGCGGAUGUUCAUCGGACUCUGAUGUAUGGAGGGAUCUUUCUGUACCCAGCCAAUUCCAAAAGUCCCAAAGGCAAGCUUCGACUUCUGUACGAGUGCAAUCCCAUGGCGUACAUCAUUGAGCAAGCCGGAGGUAUGGCCACCACAGGUACAGAAGCAGUGCUGGACAUUGUACCUGAAUUCAUUCACCAGCGGGCACCUAUUAUAAUGGGAUCCAGAGAUGAUGUUCAAGAAUACCUCGACAUUGUAAAUCAAUCCUUAUAAGAGGCACAUAUUGAUGCAAUGUGAAUUAAAAACCUGGACCAAAGAUUGUUAAUUUCUUCCAUGCAAAGUAACAUUCCGAUGAUGAUCCAAAUCAUAUCAUUGAUAAAAUGAUCUAAUUCCCAGAGUUGUCAAUCUGGUGUAUUUGAGAUCAGCAUAGUUUUUUUUGUGUCUUUGUAUAACUAGCUGCACAACACCUGUACUACAUAUAUUAAUGAAGGAGUAAAAAUAAACACAUCGAUCAUUUA